AUCACGCGAGUACUUUUUGGUUCACCAGCCAAUCAGGAAGGGUUAGGCUGUCCGGCGACUUGACUGUGAGAGCUGGGGCUGAGGAAGGAGGAUAUUCGUGGAGAUACUUGAAUGAUGUUAGUCUGACAGCUUUCGGAUUUAAAACCACACAUUAGAGGACCAUAAGGAAGAAUGAAGAAAUGUAAAGAGGAUGCAGAGACACACACCUGAGCCCUGUGUAAAUAUCUGAGGAGUGCGAAUGAUACCUGAGCCCACAGCUGCAGCUGCAUCCCGGCCCUCAGAGCAGAAGAAGAACUCUCACGAUGAGGCGAACUCCUCUGGUGCUGUCAAUCAUUCAGAGGAUGAGUCGGGGAAUGAGAAUAGACGAAAGAGUGUGAGGAGAAGGAAAAGAGCACACAAGGGCUCUGAGAAUGUCAAACGGAAAAGUGCCAGAGCCAGCUGCAGCAGUGUCGGCAGAGCAGGAGGCAGCCACGGUAAACGGAGGCAUGUGGAGGCCGUCACCCUGUUUGAGGUGAUCACCAUGGGCAGGAGUGCCAUGCAGGCGGUGAUAGAUGACUGGGUUGAGGCGUACGCGGCGGACAGAGACUCCUCUCUCCUUGAUCUCAUCAGCUUCUUCAUUCAGUGCUCUGGGUGCAAAGGUGUGGUCACAGCGGAGAUGUGUCAGAGCAAAGAGGACGGUGAUGUGAUGAGUAAAAUGGUGGAGGAGCUUGAUGAGGUCGCAGGUCUGCAGUAUAAAAAGUUUCUGGCUUUUCCAUGGAUCCUCACAGUCACGUGGCCCAUGGAUACGGACAGCGUGGAGUACCCUCUCAUACAGCCUGGCCCGUACGGUCGCUGGUUUCACUCCGAGUUCUGUGACUUCGUGUCGGUGCUGGUGGCUCAGUGUCAGCACAGCGUCAUCUUCGACGCUUACCUGAUGAACACGCUGAUCUCGCUUCUCACCGAGCUGUCCAACUCUUACGUGCGAGCCUUCCGACACACCUGCACGCUAGCAGCGGUGAAGCUGCUGAGUGCUCUGGUGGGCGUGGCUCUCAGCCUGAGCGUCGGGAUCGAAAACAGCGAGAAACUGUAUAAGGUGCAGAGGACGAAGACCGUGAGACAGAGAAGCACGCUGCAGCUGGAGAGGAUACAGAAGAAGAUCACCGAGCUGCAGGAGAGGAAGGUGGAGAUCGAGAGCAUGAUGGACGUCAUCUUCAAGGGAGUUUUUCUCAAGAGAUAUCGUGAUGUUCUUCCAGAAAUUCGCUCUAUCUGCAUGGAGGAGUUGGGUUUGUGGAUGAAGCUCUACAGUUCCGCAUUUCUCAACGAUAGCUACCUCAAAUACAUGGGCUGGAUGAUGCACGACAAAGUACCGGACGUGCGUCUCAAGUGUGUGCUAAGUUUGCAGGGUUUGUAUGGAGAUCCUCUGCUUCUCCCUAAACUUGACCUGUUCACCAGCCGUUUCAAGGACCGGAUGAUCUCCAUGACCCUGGAUAAGGACAAUGAAGUGGCAGUGCAGACCAUGAGACUACUGGUUCUCAUCUCCAAAACAUCUGAUGAUGUGCUCAGUCCAGAGGACUACAAGCAGCUCCUCCAGUUUGUUUACUCUUCACAGCGACCUCUUGCAGCCACCGCAGGGGAGCUGCUCUUCUCAAGGCUUCUCGUCACUGUAGCUCCUGCAACUGAUACUCAGGAUGAAAUAAAUGAGGAGGAGGCACAUAGACAACAAGCGUCUGCCAGACUGAAGGCUCUGCUGCACUUCUACCAGGAGUCUGAGCUGCACAAACACGUGGUGUACCUGGUGGACAGUCUGUGGGACUGUGGCGGAGCACUGCUGAAGGACUGGGCCACACUCACAUCUAUACUGCUGCAGGACCCCUCCCCACACAGUCCAGGUCUUACACUGGCAGAACAAGCAGUGCUCGUAGAGAUCGUGGUGGCGUCUGUGCGUCAGGCCUCAGAGGGACCAGCCCUGGCCGGGAGGAGUGGAGCGAAGAAGGUCGUGAGCGCCAGAGAAAAGAAAGUUCAGAUUGACGACUGCGCUAAGCUCACCGAGCAUUUCCUCGCCGUGCUCCCAAAGUUACUGUCCAAGUUUUCAGGGAGCUGGGACACUGUUUCCUCCCUGAUGAGGAUUCCUCAGUACUUCCUCCCUGAGUGUCCUGAAGCUGAAAACACACAGGCGCUGUCCAGCCUCAUGGCCGAGAUGGGAGCUGUUCUGGACCUCCACUCAGGCCCCGCUGUUCUGGAGGCGGCGGCCCGCACGUACCUCAGCCUGUGCGGGGAGGACACGACCUGGUGCUCCACGGCCCGGGCCGCCAGAGACUCUCUGGUCCAGGCCUGGGUGGACCGACUGACAGUCCUGCUGGAGGGCUCGCUCAGGGAUGACUGUUUCUCUGCUGACGAGGAGAAAACUGGAGAAAUUUUAGCCACGCUCAAGAAACUCAGAGCUUUUCACAACUGUCACGACCUCUCUCGGUGGAGUCUGUUCGAGCUGCUCUCUCCUCUCCUGUCGGUUGAGAGCAGCCAGGGUGGAGCUCCUCCUGAGGUGCUGCUGGAAGUUCUGCAGUGUCUCAGUUAUGUCAUGCUCUGGUCUCUCAACAUGAGCGGUGAAACUCUAACCUCCAGAGAGAAGGCUGUGGCCCAGAGACUUCAGCUGCGUCUGUUCUGUGAGAGGAGUCAUCGUUGUCUCUCCCACUCUGACCACACUGUGCGGCAGCAGGCUUUUCUGGGUGUGUGCGAUGUCCUGACGGCUCAUUCCUACCAGCUGCACGUGUGGGACCCCACCUCCUUUGGUCCACUGCUCUAUACGCCCAGUCCCAAACUGCAGAGGGCGCUGCUGACCUUUGUAUGCACGCAGGUCUUCGUUGGGCCGGACUGUGACAGCCAGAGCAGGGUCAGUGAAAACUCGGAAGUGGAGAGGCUGGAGGACCUUCACAAGCGAAGAAAUCUGCUCGCGGCCUUCUGCAAACUGAUAGUGCACGGGGUGCUGGAGAUGAGCAUGGCAGCUGAGGUCUUCAUGUACUACAUGAAGUAUUAUAACGACUUUGGAGACAUCAUCAAGGAGACGAUGUACAGGACCAGACAGAUAGAUAAGAUAGAGAGUGCUCGCACCCUGGUGCUCUGUUUGCAGCAGCUGUUUGUGCGUCUUAAAAAGGAGCAGGAGAGCGGCGGUAGGGCUCACCCCGGGGUCCAGACCUUCACCAGCAUCAAAGAGCUGGCCAGGCGCUUCGCUCUGACGUUCGGGGACCUUUUCAAGUUUCGCGAGUGCGUCGUCAUGAUCCACAGGAAUGGCAUAGAGUUUGUGUUCCAGGAGUUUAGCCAGACCCCAGAAACACCUACACCACCUUACCUCUCCUACCUGACCAUCCUCAGUGAGUUCUCCAGCAAACUGCUCAAACCAGACAAGAAGACAGUGUUCUCCUACCUGCAGAAGCACACUGCAGAGCACAUUAUUGACCUCAGAGAGGAGUGCUGGCAGCCACUUAUCUACUAUCGCGCUUCUCUGUUGGCUGCAGCUGAAGGGGAGGAUGCUGUGUCCUAUGUUAGCUCUGACAGGAAGCCCUACCUGCCCAAUCGCUCUCCCUUCUCCAAGCAAAAACUAGAAGGAAGCAAAUCCCCCUGUCCCUUCAGCCCCGUUGACUCCAAACUUAGUAAAAGUCACAGAUCCAACUUCAGUCCAAGCCAUCAGGAGAGGACAGCUGAUGUGGAUCCGUUUCCUGCUCCACCGGAACCUCCUGCAAGAAGACUGAACACCGAGGGAUCUGUCCUCAGCACGAGCAACGAGGUGGACGACGACGCUGUGGAGAUUGAACUUUAAAAUAUGUGGUUGUUGUGGAACCAUUGGCGCUCCUGUAUGAGCGUCAAGACCUCACUGGACAUCGCAACGGUUUCCGUUUUUUUUUUUUUUUUUUUGCACCUUGUAACUAAAGUCUUCUGUGUUCAGAUGUCCAGAUUUCCCAGCGUCCAAUUUUUGUAUAAUUCUCUUGAGACAAGCUUCUUGAAUGUGCUGUAUAUUAUUUUUUAAGAGGACAUAAGCUUUAAGGAUAAGUCUGGUGAUAAUCUUUAUUUUUCUUACUGUAAACAAAUGUCCUCCCCAAAAAAAAGACCAAAACCAACAAUGAAUUAAUGCUUCUAACAUGUUGUAGCCAAAGCAUGAUAUAGCUUCUUCCUCUGUGCCAUUGAGCUGUUCCUUGAUUACCGUUAACAUGGGUACUUUAGUUUUUUCCUUUUUUUUUUUUUUUUACAGUUAAUCCCAAAUUCACUCUCCUUCUGCCAGGAAUGCUCACCAGAUUGCCAUAUGUGGAUUAAUCCGCCAGUGAAAAUAGUCCCCAGCAAAUGCACAUUGGCUGAAAACUCCACUGGCCCGCUGUUGUAAGGAAUAACUUGGCUUCACACCUUCCUCCCACACCUUCUUAAGCAUCAAAUUCAGUUACCUUUCAAAGGCUUUCCAGGCCCAAUCCCCUUAGAUUCAAGGACCCCCUUAAUUGUUGUUACAGUACCAAGCACCCAGUACCAAUAUAUUGUGUACGUUUAGAGACAGAGACUUGUGUACAUAGGUUGAAGAACUGAGAGACGAUGGGGGACACUCAUACAGACAGCGGCAUGUCGGUUAUUUACUAAAGUUAAAUAAAAUCAAGAGAUUCAA